AUGGGUCAAGCAGUGUCACAUAAUCACAUGCCCAGUGGCGGAGAUUUUUAUGGAGCCCCUAUCUACGCAACAAGUCUUAGCCACGAUCGGCAGACGGAAGUUCGCGUGAGCAAAGACUCAGACACGGUACAUAUCGGUCCGCGUGCGCAGCUUCCGUACCUUGAGAUGCCAAGUAUGCGCAAACAAGACUUCUUUCGACGAUUAGGUCUUGUGGUUAAAACCCGCGGCAAUCGGAUCACGCAGAACGCCGAGGUUGUGAUAGCUGACUUCUACAGACUAGAUGGCAAGCGAUUGAUACCACGAAACAAUGGUCAGGGCCCACAGCCGACGAGUUGGCAUGGACUUAAGGGUCCAGCUGAGGCCAGCUGCGGUCUACGCGUAGGGGACACGCUCUACGCUGUGAACCACCGACUGGUCAUCAACAAAUCCAAGGGGCAGGUGCUUCGACAGAUCAACUCGCUGCUCGAUAAGAAUGACGGCGCUACUGUGGUUCUGACGUGGAAACACACGGAUGAGAUUGAGGUUGUGUCCUGGGAGAACGAACUGUGUAUGCCACCGCCUGAGGGUGUCUACACACAAAUGGAGAACGAAUGGGGGCCCGCGCGACCAAGUAAAAUUUCCUCUGUUUCGAUCUAG